UCUCCUUCCUCUUCUUUCCAACUUCAAUUCUAUCACAAGUGUUUUGUGGCGAAGCUGGUUGGUUACCCUUGUUUUGUCGGGUAAACGACAGCUUAGUACGUUGUUGUUGGCUAACAACAAAUUAAAACAUUAGUAACUAAGAUCGAGGAGAUCAGAAGUUCUGUUCGAGGUUAAUUAGAGAAGAUUAAUAAUAUAAUGGCACCUGUUUCAUUGCCCCCCGGCUUUCGUUUUCACCCCACCGACGAAGAGCUUGUGGCUUACUACCUGAAACGGAAGAUCAACGGCCGCAAGAUCGAGCUGGAGAUCAUCCCCGAAGUUGAUCUCUACAAAUGUGAACCCUGGGAUUUACCUGGGAAGUCAUUAUUGCCUAGCAAAGAUUUAGAAUGGUAUUUCUUUAGCCCUCGAGAUCGGAAGUAUCCGAAUGGGUCAAGGACUAAUCGGGCAACCAAAGCGGGAUACUGGAAGGCCACCGGAAAGGAUAGGAAAGUAAAUUCACAAAUGAGGUCGGUUGGGAUGAAGAAAACCCUAGUGUAUUAUAGAGGGAGGGCACCCCAUGGAGCUCGAACUGAUUGGGUCAUGCAUGAAUAUCGCUUAGAUGAAAGGGAAUGUGAAAUUCAAAACGGCUUACAGGAUGCAUAUGCACUUUGCCGGGUAUUCAAGAAGAGUUUGACCAAUACGGGCCCGAAAAUGGGCGAUCAUUACGUUAGUGCGGCGAGUGAUAGGUCAUCCAGCAUGGACAUUUACUCUGAGGGAAGGUGUGAGGAGAUGGAGAGCUCUAACUACGCAAUGGCGGCGCCGCCGUCUUCAGCCGCAGCUUCAUGCUCAUCCAUGGCGGCCGCCGCCGUCCAUGGAUCUCCGUUUCAUCAUGUCGCUGCAGCCGGCCCAAGCACCAAUGAUGAUAAAUGGAUGCAAUACUUAUCAGAUGAAGCAUUUAGCUUCCACACCCCACCCCCAUCCUCCCUCCCAAACUAUGCAACCAUGCCUUAUCCACCUUCAAAGGUUGAUAUAGCAUUGGAGUGUGCAAGGUUGCAGCACCGCUUCAUGUUACCGCAGCUAGAGGUCCAAGAUUUCCCGCACGUUGUGGGCCAUGUUGAUGCCAGAAUGAUUCCCCAUCAUCAUCAAUCAAGCUUCGUUAACCACGACAACAACCCGGACAUUGUUCAGGAAAUCCUGUCGGUUGCACAAGCGUCGCAGGAUCUGAUGAACCAAGACGGUUGGGGCGGCGGCGGUUAUGCUCCAACUGCCGCAGAUGAUGAUUUUUCUUUCCUCCUCCCUCACAAUGCUAACCAGUUUCAAGAAAUGGGUAACUUUAGAUUCAUGGACCAGUUGAGAGAAGAUCAGAAUGGCGGCAGGAACAUUGAGAUUACAGAUUUUGGAGAUGAAUUUAAGCCGGAUAGAAUGGUGGAGAACCUAAGAUGGGUAGGAAUGUCCGACAAAGACCUUGAAAAGACACUUUUGGAGGACUACAAGGCAGUUCCAAUAGAAAAUGUUUCAGGCUUCAAUAGAGAAGGGCAUGAGGAUCAUGGAGAAAGCAGCCAACACAACAACUUCAGUGACAUCAACGACUUCUCCCUGGGAUUUGACAACGACCACAACGCGAACAACGACAACAAUAAUUUCUUGGAGGAUUUCUCGGAUUCCCCGAGCUUCGAGGUGUACGAGAAAGUGGAAGUGAAGCACGGGAUGUUCAUCGCGAGCAGACAGGCAGCCAAGACACUGUACCAUCAAGUGGUCCCUUCCACCACAGUCAGAAUCCACCGAAACCUCCUCGUACCUAUGCAAGCCGCCACAUUUCCAGUCUCAAAAUUCGAAGCCCCAAGAGCCUUCAACAACAACAACAACAUUGUACUGGACAAGUUCAUCGCGUUCUCAAGAAAGAUGUUGAUCGGAAUAAUCAAGUUGACUCGACCGUGGCGAAGAAUGGUGAGCACCCUAGUGGGGGUCAUCGCCAUUCUCCACACCUGUUGGGUUUAUUUUGGAGAAUUAUUGUUGGAGGCCCAGGAGAAGAACUAUUAUUACUGCCAUUUCUCAGGGGAGAAGAUCAAGAGGGAGUUAUCUGGAGAUUAUGAGUGGAAGAAUUUAAAGAAAAACAAAGAUUCAUCAAUUGCAGACAAGAAGAAUCCCUACAGAAUGACAACGAGAGUAGACAAGACUACUACAUGGCCAUAUCUCACUCUCGUGUUGGCUCUUUCUACCAUUUGGCUGCACCAAAAUGUUACUUUCUUUUGAUUUUUAUUUUUUUUUUUGAAUUAAUUACUAACCUCAUUUGUUUGUUAAUUAGGAGAGGCCUAACUUAGCCUUGCCCUAAAUUAAAUUCAUAUAUGAUGAUGUAAUAGCAAGUUUAAAGUGUUUUCUUACUCAUAGUUGGGAGUUGGAUUGGUAUACAACACAAUAUACUGUAAAUUUUAUUUUAUUAUUUGAGUCAAGCAAAGUCAAGUUUAAUAUAAUGUUUAA